ACGCCGCGGGGCCCAGAGGAGCGUGGCGGGCGAAGAUGAUCCAGGCGAUUCUGGUUUUCAACAACCACGGGAAGCCGCGGCUCGUCCGCUUCUACCAGCGUUUCCCAGAAGAAAUUCAACAGCAGAUUGUUCGUGAGACCUUCCAUCUAGUCCUCAAAAGGGAUGACAACAUCUGUAACUUCCUGGAGGGUGGAAGUUUGAUUGGUGGCCCUGACUACAAGCUGAUCUAUCGGCACUACGCUACCCUCUACUUUGUAUUUUGCGUGGAUUCGUCGGAGAGUGAGCUCGGGAUCUUGGACCUCAUCCAGGUUUUCGUGGAGACCCUGGAUAAAUGUUUCGAAAACGUUUGUGAAUUGGAUUUGAUCUUCCAUAUGGAUAAGGUGCACUACAUCCUGCAGGAGGUGGUGAUGGGUGGGAUGGUGCUGGAGACAAACAUGAAUGAGAUCGUGGCUCAGAUUGAGGCUCAGAACAGGCUGGAGAAGUCGGAGGGUGGCCUCUCAGCGGCCCCUGCCCGGGCUGUGUCUGCCGUGAAAAACAUCAACCUGCCAGAGAUUCCACGGAACAUCAACAUCGGCGACCUCAACAUCAAGGUCCCCAAUUUGUCCCAGUUUGUCUGAGGCUUGAAGACUGGGCUGAACUGGACUCCGUGAAACAAGCAGAUCCAUGCCACCCCUGCAGCUGAACCCACUCUGAGCCCUGGGAGAGAAGCCUGGGACCUGACCCGCGCUGUCUGGGGGCCCAGACGGGGAGUCCUGUGUCCCUGCUGGCAAGGGCUCAUUUCCCACAUGUGCCACCGGGCCAGUCUCUGACAGGUUACCACUGCAGAUGUGAGGGGGCCCUGGCUUCCCUAGUGGGGGGUCAAUGUGUCCAAGCCACUUGCCCUCUCUCCCUCCCGCAUGAAGCUGUUCCAAGGAUUGGGGGCCUAUGGAGAGGCCCCCUUGCUUCCCAGGACCCCACUAGACCUUGUCCACCUGAGGUCCUAUAGCAUUUACUCCUGCAGGUGAUGGAUAAGGGCUGGCCCUUCAGACCUGGCUCUGCCAGGUUGUCAUCCCCAGAAUCCUUUCGUGUGGCCAAGCCUUCCGAGUACCACUCCUGCAGAGUACAUCUCCCAGCGCUCUUGCCCCAGCUCUGCCCUCACGGGUACUAGGUGCAGGAAGCAAUCCCGAUCACAGGCCUGGUGCACGCCCACCACAUUGCUGCUGAUCAGGAGAGCACCCCACAGCCAUCUCUCCAGCACAGCCAGGCCUCAGGGACGGCAUCGAGCUGCUGUGAGAAUAGGGAGCUUGCUGCCUGGAGACUAGGCUGUGUUCUCAGGCCUCCCGAUGCUGCUGUGGAGCCCUGUGAGAUGAUCCCCAGCAGGGCCACCUGUCCAGACCACCUCUCCUCCCUCUUUAUUUUCUAAUUUUUUCAAUUAGCUGAUUUUUGGGAAGAGCAAGGUAGAGGGAAACAUCAGGUUGCUGUUCUACCCAUUCAUGCAUCAUUGGUUGAUUCCUAUGUGUGCCCUGACCAGGGAUCGAACCCGCAACUUCGUGUUGGGACCACACUCCAACCCCCUGAGCCACGUGGCUGGGGCCUCUUCUCUCUUUGGGUGGCGCUUCCUUUUUAAAACACUCAUUGAAAUGGGGAAGAGUUGAAACAGUCUUUUGGAAAAGGUUAAUCAUUUUCAUGGAACUACUUCCUUGAAAGGGGUCCUGUUUGCAGGCUGUGAUCAGGGCCAAGGUGUGGGCCACAAGGACAGCACUCGGCGCCUGUGAGCACUGACCACACGCCGGUGGACAUUCAGUUACAAUGACCAUGAGGAGAUGGGGACCCCCUUGGCAGAAGAUUGGAGGGCUUGGGAGGCUGAAGACCAGGACAUCUGCUAGGAGCCGACACCCCCUGGGUCUCAAGUGGUUCAUCUUUCACUUGGGGCACUGGUCACAGCUACAUCCUAUUUGCAAAGCCAUGGACAGGUGGCCACACUAAGGAAAAACCCCACCAAAGCCUGGUGCACAAGACAGGGUUCAGCCAGCAGCCGGGUCUCAGUCACAGUUCCCUGGUUUCGUUUCUGGUGAAGCCAGGGCAACGGAGGGGGGGAGGGGAGUGGGGCUGGGUCUUAAUGUGGCAGAGGCCUGGUUAAUAGGAACUUGAGACAUGCAGUGCCGGCUUCCUCCUCAUUGUGACAAGCACAGGGCCGUGACCAGGCCCAGCAGAGAUGUGGGUAAUUAGUUCGCGUAGUUCAAAAAUUAAGGAUAAAGACUGUUCAGUGAGACUCCCCCUGCUCCUCUAAGCCGCUGAGCCCCCUCCCCUGUUCCUGGUAGAAACAAGUGUUUUCAGUUCAGAGGAUUUAAGAAGUUCCUGCGUUUUGUUACUAAAGCUACCUUCCAUUAGGGAGCGGGGGCCUCCCAGACCACCCGUGUGGACGAAGUGGCACCCCCACCUCGUGCAGCGCCCCUGCCCUUCCUGGCUCCGCCUCCCUUUCCGCAGAUGCUCACACCUGGCUGUUGGGCUUGCAGUUACUGUCUGUCCCCUGCUAGCACGCGGGCCCCUCGGGGUGGGGGUGGGGGCGUCUCCUGUCGGUGCCGUGUCCUAGCUGCCGUGAGCAGUGCCUGGGACUCGGCACUCAAUAAACAAUUGCUGAAUGAAUGGAC